AUGGCGGCUACCUCCAUUGAUGACGGGGAUGCAAUCGGCCUUGACCUCAAUUCCACACGCCUUCUCGAACACCUUAGCAUUGCAAAACGCCCUGAACACGACGACAACAUGGUGUACUGCGGAAAGCUUAGCAGGGCAUGUCAGCGCUGUCGACAGCGCAAGAUAAAGUGUGACGAACGAAAACCGGAGUGUCACAGGUGCCAGAAGUCUCAAAUACCAUGUCCCGGCUAUCGUGACCUCAAUGAUGCCAGCUUCCGGAACCAGACUGCACAGAUUAUUCACAAGUUUCGGGAGCAGACUGUGUCUCCCGAGCAGAGCACGGCUGUAACCACUCGAUUGUACUCGCCUAUGCCCAAUAUGCCGCAGACUUGCACAUUACAUCUGCGUCAUCCGACCAGUGAUCUCGGUGCCAACUUCUUCUUUACGAGAUAUCUCUCCGAACAGGGCACUAUUUUCAGUGAUUAUCAUGCCUGGCUUACCGAAUUGUACUCAUCAAACCGGCCAGGCGGCCUCUUCAGAGCGGUUGUGCAGGCGGUCGGAUUGACUGGGCUAUCCAACACAUGCUAUGCCCCAGAUCUUGCAUGUAGAGCUCAAGAACAAUACUCGCAAGCCUUGGCGGCCUUGAAGAGCGUCUUGAAUGAUCCAGCCCAGGCGAAGUCAGAUAUGGCUCUCCUGGCAAUCACUCUCCUUAUGCUACUCGAAAUGUUGAACUUCAAGACCUGGGAGCGGUAUCAGUGCUGGACAGCUCAUAUUAAUGCAGCUCUUGCGCUGCUAGAGCUUCGAGGCCAAGAGCAAUUUAUGCGACAACGUGGCACGCAACUCUACAUGCAAGUCCGGUCCCAGAUCCUUCUGGCCUGCGUGCAGCAGCAAGUAGCGGUUCCGAAAGCACUGGUCCAAGCCACCUACUACUUCCAAGCCAGCACUAUGAGGCACUAUUGGCGACAGAUCAACGUAGCGAGCCCAGCUUCCAUCACUGAGAUAUGCUUCCGUGUGGUCAAUCUUCGAGCAGCCUUAAGAACCGGCGCAAUCACAGACCCCGGAGUCAUCCGCACCGUCGCGAUGGACAUCGACGAUGAUCUCGAGACAUGGAGAACAGGUUUGACUCCGAGCUGGAGAUACGCUUCGGUCGUUAGUCCUCCUGGAACUCAUUGUGAUGAUUGCUUCAACGGACUACGGCAUGUAUAUCCCAGUCUGUGGAUUGCAGAGGCUUGGAACAACUGGCGAAUCCUUCGGCUAUUGGUAAACCAGAUGCUCAUGCAGACUGGCGUGGACUUGAGCGAAACUACCAAGAAGCAAAACGCUAUCCGCCAGUUGUCCAGCGAGGUUUGCCUCACCGUCUACAACUUCGCAGAAAGUCCUCGAAUCCUGUCCCUCGUUCAGCCAUUGUAUGUCAUAGCUUCGGAAGCGCUGAAUACUAUCAACUUGCGCGCAUUUGCUGUACACCAACUACGCCGCAUCGAUGCGUCGAUGGGAGUACGACAGGCCAGCCUACUGGCUGAUACAGCUGCGAAGACUUUCAACGGGUGUCCGACAGAGUCCACCGGUACCUGA